AUGCCGGGCUGGCCCUGGGGGCUGCUGCUGACCGCGGGCACGCUCUCAGCCGCGUUGAGCCCGGGGCCGCCGGCGCCCGCCGACCCCUGCCAUGACGACGGGGGCGCGCCCCGCGGCUGCGUGCCGGGCCUGGUGAACGCGGCCUUGGGCCGCGAGGUGCUGGCCUCCAGCACGUGCGGGCGGCCGGCCACGCGGGCCUGCGACGCUUCGGACCCGCGGCGGGCACACCCCGCCGCCCUCCUGACCUCUGCAGGCGGCACCGCCAGCCCAGUGUGCUGGCGCUCGGACUCGCUGACGCAGGUGCCCCACAACGUGACCCUCACAGUGCCCCUUGGCAAGGCUUUUGAGCUGGUGUUCGUGAGCCUGCGCUUCUGCUCGGCACCCCCCACCUCCCUGGCCCUGCUCAAGUCGCAGGACCACGGCCGCAGCUGGACCCCACUUGGCUUCUUCUCCUCCCACUGUGGCCUGGACUUCGGCCGCCUGCCUGCCCCUGCCGAUGGCCCAGCUGGCCCAGGGCCCGAAGCCCUGUGCUUCCCUGCGCCCCAGGCCCAGCCCGAUGGUGGUGGCCUGCUGGCCUUCAGCGUGCAGGAUGGCAGCCCGCCAGGCCUGGAUCUGGACAGCAGCCCGGUGCUCCAAGACUGGGUGACCGCCACGGACAUUCAAGUAGUGCUCACAAGGCCUGCCGUGCUGGGAGACACCAGGGGCUCCGCGGCCACGGCCCCUUACUCUUACUCAGCCACUGAGCUCCAGGUGGGCGGGCGCUGCAAGUGCAAUGGGCACGCGUCCAGGUGCCUGCUGGACCCCCAGGGCCACCUGACCUGCGACUGCCGGCACGGCACCGAGGGCCCGGACUGCAGCCGCUGCAAGCCCUUCUACUGCGACAGGCCGUGGCAGCGGGCCACCACCCGGGAAGCCCACGCCUGCCUUGCCUGCUCCUGCAAUGGCCAUGCUCGCCGCUGCCGCUUCAACAUGGAGCUGUACCGACUGUCUGGCCGCCGCAGUGGCGGUGUCUGCCUCAACUGCCGGCACAAUACUGCCGGCCGGCACUGCCACUACUGCCGGGAGGGCUUCUACCGAGACCCUGGCCGUGCCCUGAGUGACCGCCGUGCCUGUAGGGCCUGUGACUGUCACCCUGUUGGUGCUGCUGGCAAAACCUGCAACCAGACCACCGGCCAGUGUCCCUGCAAGGAUGGCGUCACUGGCCUCACCUGUAACCGCUGUGCCCCUGGCUUCCAGCAGAGCCGCUCUCCGGUGGCACCCUGCGUUAAGACGCCUGUCCCUGGACCCGCUGAGGAGAGCAGUCCUGUGGAGCCCCAGGACUGCGACUUGCACUGCAAACCCGCCCGUGGCAGCUACCGCAUCAGCCUGAAGAAGUUCUGCAGGAAAGACUACGCGGUGCAGGUGGCGGUGGGCGCGCGCGGCGAGGCGCGUGGCUCCUGGACGCGCUUCCCGGUGGCCGUGCUCGCCGUGUUCCGGAGCGGCGAGGAGCGCGCCCGGCGCGGGAGCAGCGCGCUGUGGGUGCCGGCGCGGGACGCCGCCUGCGGCUGCCCCCGCCUACUGCCGGGCCGCCGCUACCUGCUGCUGGGGGGCGGGCCGGGGGCCGCGGUCGGGGGCCCCGGGGGCCGGGGGCCGGGGCUCAGCGCCGCCCGCGGGAGCCUCGUGUUGCCCUGGCGGGAUGCGUGGACGAGACGCCUUCGGAGGCUGCAGCGGCGCGAGCGGCGGGGGCGCUGUGGGGCUGCCUGA